AUCUUUGAAAUAUGGUUCGAUUUACCAUCUGUUGCUUUAGAAUAUAGAUUAGAGUCUAUUGUCUAAAUCAUAUAUCGACAAUUCUGUCGCUUUAAGUGGUCAAAUCCCGGCGGAGGACUUUGUAUAGGCGACACUGGCAAGACACCUGGACCCCGCCAGGCUGUGAGCGCGCUUUUAAUUUCGAUAACAUUUUUGCUGUGCUGUGGCUGACCUACUCUCAUCGCGUGUGCCUAAUUUGAGUAUAACGUUUUGUUGGAGGCGACAAGCAACGAUCUAAAGCAAUAGAAAAGGAUGGAUAGCAAACGACCAGCAACAUACAUGUUGGUUUCUGAUGAACAAAGAGCGAAACUGAUAUCAAACUACAAUGAAGGUAUGAAAUCAACUUUGGAGAAAGAGAAAAUUAAUCAAGCAUCGAAAGAAACUGGUCUCCCAGUUGAUAAGAUAAAGAAAUGGAUUGGAAAUCAGAAUACAAAAAUGCAGAAAAGGUCAAGAGCAGAAAAUGGAGAUCAAAUAGAAGAAAAAGAAAUUAAAAGAGUAAAAGGAGCAAGAAAACUGACAGCACAGAAUGUUUUUUAUAGUAGUUUGUCCAGAGAAGGAAAGCUUGCUGGGUUCAAGUCAAAUGGAGAGAGACAUACGUAUAUGUCAAUCAUGUGGCACAAGCUUGGUGACGCUGAAAAGCAGUCAUUUAAAAAUGAGGCAGAAAGGCUAAACAAAAAUGCAACCAACCUCACACAGGAUGAGAAAUGUAUCCAAAUACAGCGUGUAAAGAAAAUGCUUGUUAAUAAUGAAAUGACAACGUUCAUUUUAUUCGGAUGAGGUAUUAUAUGGUUUCUAUGUGCAGUUUCAUGAAGACGAACCAACUUAAUCUGAACUCCAGCUGAAACGGACUCUAUUGUACAUCAACGAGAUAAACAAGUUGAUAUUUUCUGUAUAAUGAAAAAAACACUUCUCUUACAAAAUACCCCACCUAAAUAGUAGAUAUACCCUCAAUGUUGUCUCAAUUCUGCAGCUAUUUUCACCUAAUUAUCAUAAUCAAUUUGACUGAGGUAAAAAGAAAUAAAACGAGAAAAAAGAGAGAUUAAUCAGCAGAGUCUACGAAAUUUCAAAAGAAAACGUUUACAAGA